AUGGUGAAUACUUCAAAAGGAAACUAUCUAGCUCAUUCGUCCAAAGUGGUUGAUGAAUAUCCUGUUUCUCGAACUAACAUGCAUGGCGUGCGGAUGAGAGGUCGCCAUUUCAAAAGCACUCCCACACGAAGACCUUAUAGCCUACCAUCAAAAAAAUCUCAGAGAGAUGAUGUCUCCCUCACCAGAUUGUUGAAGAAGGGGUUAUUUUCAAAUGUUGAACCUUCGGUAGCUGAUGUACCUGUCCCUUCAGCUCAUCCUGAUGAAAGGUCGUCCUCUAAAGACAUUUUUGUUCCAACGCCUAGUUAUACUUCUGCUACAAAUGAAAAAUUGUUGAACCCUAUAGAUAAUUCUACUGAUAAUUUGGGUGGAAAUAUUAUUGAUUCUGCUAAGGAGAAUCUUGCUACACAUGCUGAUACUCAUGAUGAACCUACUAAAAAUUAUACACUCGACAAUGUUGAACCAAAUGUGCAUGAUGUUCCUCAAACAGAGCCUCAACAACCUUUAUAUCUAAUUGUUAAGGGAGGACUAUCCAAAACAAUUUCAAAUGUCGGGCCAUUCUAUCCUCAACUGAUCAAGAAGUUUAUUGUCAACUUGCCUUCUGACUUCAACAAUCCAAGUGGUCUAGAUUAUCAAAGAGUGCACAUUCGAGGCUUGAAGUUCAAAAUUUCACAUGCUGUUAUUAAUGGGUUAUUGGGUAACACUGUUAAAUCUAACUUUACUCCUUCACAUCCAUCUAAUGAAGUCUUAGUUUCUGUUCUAUAUGGAGGAACCUUAUCUGACUGGCCUGUGAAUGAAAUUCCAGCUGUAUCUAUGAGUGUAAAAUAUGUCAUUCUUCAUAAAAUUGGCAUUACUAACUGGUUUCCCUCUUCACAAGCCUCCAGUGUUUCUGUUGCCCUAAGGACUUUUCUUUAUCAAAAUUUCAAUGAUGAGACUGUGGAUGCCAGACUGCUUAUAUUCAACCAGCUUUUGAGACAUGUGGGAACAUUUGGAGUUAAAAUUGCUAUUCCUUUUCCUCAGUUUUUCUCGAGCUUGUUGAUUCAUUUGAAUGUUGAAGUUCUGAAUGCACUUGGUGCCCCUAGUCCUGACCCGAAGACUUUUUCCUUAAGUUACAGACUUUUUUAG